CCUCUUCAAGACUAAUCUCACAAUGGCUGAGUCAAAGGCUUAACCCUAUGAAGGAGCUCCGCGUGGACAAGCUCGUCAUCAACAUCUCCGUCGGAGAGUCCGGUGACAGGCUGACCCGAGCCACCAAGGUUCUUGAGCAGCUGACUGGUCAGUCGCCCGUCACCUCCAAGGCCCGCUACACCCUCCGAGGUUUCGGUAUCCGACGUAACGAGAAGAUCGCUUGCCACGUCACCGUCCGAGGCCCCAAGGCAGAGGAGAUUCUGGAGCGAGGCCUCAAGGUCAAGGAGUACGAGCUGCGACGCAGGAACUUCUCCGAGACCGGUAACUUCGGUUUCGGUAUCACCGAGCACAUUGACCUGGGUAUCAAGUACGACCCGGCAAUCGGUAUCUUCGGUGCCGACUUCUUCGUCGUCAUGACCCGCCCUGGUGCCCGUGUCGCCCGCCGCAAGGAGAGGACCUCGCGCGUUGGUGCUCCCCACCGUGUGAAGAAGGAGGACACAGCCGCUUGGUUCAAGCAGCGCUUCGACGGUAUCAUCAUGCGCUAAAUGUUGCGCGGUUGAUGAGCAAUCGAGUCACGGCAGCCCCUUUCUUCUCACUCUGUACACAUCAUUCCCUUGGCCUGACGUGAGGAAUACAUCUUCUCUCGCCUUGCGGGUCACACAUCGCAUUC